AUGACUUUCGAGGAAAGAUAUGAACUUAUCAUUCAAAAUUUCGCAUCUCGUAGAAAAGAGAUGUUAGAACUAAUGAGUAAUGUUGUUCCGACUGCAGCAGAAAUGCAUAGAAGAACUUGGCGUUUGCAACAAUUAGAUAACGCUAUCUACGAUAUUAAAACGACAUUAGCAGCAUGUAACCAGCAAUUAGAUAAGGAGAGAGAUCAGUUAGAUAAAUUAUCGACAGAAAAUGAAAGACUACUUGCUCAAGAAAGAAAAUUAACUGAAGAUAUUAAGCUUUUAGAAGGAGUUACGGGUAUGCAAGCUGUAAUUCCGUGUGAUGCUCAAACUGGACUCAUGGGUGAGAUAAACGAAAUGGCAGAAGAAUUUAGAAAUAGUUUUGCAGAUUUCUACUUCAAUUUACCAAAUAUCAAGCAAGAACUAAAACCAGACUUAACUCUCGAAAAGGAAGGUAACAUUCUUAUUGAUUCACUCAAAGAUUACGUUACUUUACAAUUUGAUCAUCGUGCAGCUGAUGCAACUUUAUCAAAGAUAGCAGAAGAGAGAAGCAUAGAAGCAGACAAACUUGAAAAAUCACUUGCAGAUGAUGCAAUGAAGAUUGAACGCGAAAUUGAAGCUCAAAGAAAGGAAAUUGAAGAUGCAGCAGGAAAAACCAAAGAUGAACUUCAAGAACAAACAAAGAAGAUUCGUGAUGAAGGCAAGAAACAGAUUUCCCAGGUCAAGAAGGAGCAGGAAGAGCUGAAGAAGCGAAUUGCAUCAUUCACAGACAAAAAGAGAAGGAAAGAGAUGAGAUGCAAGAAUCUUCAAUCUCGAAACACUGCUAUCAAAGAAAACUUCAGGAGAAGAUCAAAAGAAAUCGAAUUAGAACUCGACAGACUAGAAAACAGACUUGAGAUCAUCAAGAGACAGCCAAAGACAGUAGACAAGGCACUUAUUAACAUUGCUUUAGUAUUAACAGAAAAAUCUGAGAAGAUGAAUCAAGCUAUUGCUCAGAUGAGAAGUGAUAUUGCUGACUUUAAUAAUUGGUUGCGCAAAUAG